ACGGGAAACUCCGGGAGAGAGGGAGUCGGUCGGCAGCCUGGAUCCCUUCCCAGUGCUCGGGAUGUCUGGAAACUUGGGGACAGUGACCCGGACCGUGUUCCUGCUGCUCCUCGCCCCCGGCUGGGUUUUUGCCCUCCAGGGAGAAGCCCAGGCCUGCACAUUCCCAUGCCAGUGUCCCUCCCAGCCUCUGCAGUGCCCUGCUGGCACCAGCCACGUGUUGGAUGCCUGUGGCUGCUGCAAGGUGUGUGCCAGGCAGCUGGGAGAGCUCUGCUCCCUGCACAGGCCCUGCGACCACCACAAGGGACUCUACUGCGACUUCUCCAAGAUCCACAGAGGCAGCGGGAUCUGUUUAGCUCACGAGGGCGCAACGUGUGACCUGCUGGGCAAGAUCUACCUGAACGGGGAGAGCUUCCAGCCCACGUGCAAACUGCAGUGCAUCUGCCUGGACGGGGCCGUGGGCUGCAUCCCGCUCUGCUCCGACGACCUGCGCCUGCCGUCCCCCGACUGCCCCCGCCCCCGCAGGGUCCGCGUCCACGACAAGUGCUGUGAGGAGUGGGUGUGUGAGGAGGGCAGCGACAACGACCUCGGGACGGCCAUGGCGGUGUUCAGGGAGGAGCCAGCCCAGAAGCCCGAGCUGAACAACCUGCAGGAGAACUGCCUGGUGCAGACCACGGCGUGGAGCGCGUGCUCCCGGAGCUGCGGGAUGGGCAUCUCCGCCCGCGUCACCAACGACAACCCCCGGUGCCGCCUGGAGAAGGAGACCCGGCUCUGCAUGGUCCGGCCCUGCGACUUCCCCAUGGAGAAAACCAAGAAAGGGAAGAAGUGCGUGAGGACCCCAAGGCCACGCCAGAGCCUCCACUUCGAGUUCUCGGGGUGCACCAGCGCCCGCUCGUACCGGCCGCGGUUCUGCGGGAGCUGCUGGGACGGGCGGUGCUGCACUCCCGAGCUGACCAGCACGGCCGACGUGGAGUUCCGCUGCCCCGAGGGAGACUCCUUCCGCAGGAAGAUGAUGUUCAUCAAGGUGUGCUCCUGCCACUACGACUGCCCCCGGGACAACGACAUCUUCCUGGCCACCUACCACAGGCGGAUGAUCGGGGACCACGUCAGGAGCGAGCGGCAAUAGCCCCCCCCCCCAUCCCGGGUUGGAUCCGAGGUGUCGGGAGGGAUCUGCGGGGCUUUGGUGGCUGUGUCCCAGGACAAUGCAGCCUCUGUCCCCUCUGUGAGGGGCUGUGCUGUGCUCCAGAGCAGCACAGUUCACACCAGUGCUCCCAGUGAGCUGAGGUCUGGGGGGGAACAGCCCCAGCUGCUCCAGCGCUCUGCCCCCCACCCACGGUGCCGCACAGGUCAGUGAAGGAACCAGACCCAGGCUCGAGCUGCAAACUUGAUCCAUGUUCCCACUGGCCAGAUAGGGGAGUGGAUCAAAGCCAUGUGGCUCCAGCCUGUCUCCAGCCCAGAGCACAGCGGGCACAGUUCCUGAUUCAGACCCCAGGAGCUCCUCCAGCAUGAACUGGGAGCGGGCCAGGCUGCCAGACUGAAACCUGUCCCCUGUGGGUGCUGCUCUCUGUGCCUUGGUGAGCAUUUCACAGAACCACAGAAUGGUUUGGGUUGGGAGGGAUGUUAAUGCUCAUCUUGUAGCCCAGGUUGCUCCAAGCCCCAUCCAACCUGGCCUUGGACACUUCCAGGGAUGGGGCAGCCACAGCUUCUCUGGGCAGCCUGUGCCAGGGCCUCCCCACCCUCCCAGGGAAGAAUUUCUUCCUGAUCUCUUCAGAACUGGCUCUGGGGUGGAAGAGAGGCUGGACCCCCCCAGUUCACACACCCACAGUUGUGUUUGGGCUCCAGAGUCUUUGCUCUGAUGUGUUUGAGUAGGAGGAGCACUGUUCAGCUCAGGCCUCCCUGGGGAGUUUAAGGCACUGGCAAGAAAAAUUCUUGUAUUUGUAAAUGGAACAGAUCCCCUCUGGAGCUACUCAGUGACACAGAGAGCUGUUGGCACUGAGGUCUCCAGUAGGAUUCCCACCUGGGCACAGGCCUGACAGAGUCUCUGCCAUUAAGGACAUCCCAUAGCUCCAGGAGAGGCCAGCACAGGAAAGUGCUGGUGGUGUGUCCAGCAGCAGUGCAGCCCCUGCAGCUCCACAGCUCCAUGGAACUGCUGAGCUCUUGUGUAAAAACCUCUGCUGAUUUUUUAGCAGAGACAUCCAGAUACAAGGCCUGAUCCUGUUCAUCACAUCCCCUGUGCAAAUCCCAAUGAAUUCCUGUUCCAGCAGGAGCGGCAGCCCCAAGGCUUCACCCCACUGCAUCUCCCCCCAGAGCAGAGCCUGAUGCCAGGGGGCAGUCCCAGCUGCCCCCAAAUGUUGCCCUGAACCCCCAAACUCCCCUGACACACCAGCUCAGGGCCUGUGUCCCAUCCCAGCCCCUCUUCUUGCUCUCCCAGCCUGCAGCAGCUCCUGACCCUUCAUCCUCCUGUAAUCGAUUUGGAUUGUAAAUAAUUUAUCUGGUGUUGUUUCUGUUUUUAUUUUUAAGGCACUUGUACAGUUCCUGUAUCCCAUUGGCACAGCCCUGCUCGUGCCAUUCCCCUCUCUGAGCUUCUCUCCUGCCUCUCCCUCGGCUGCUGAACCUCCAACCACGCUGAGGUUGCACUUUACU